AUGGGCGUCGUACCUGAGGUACCUUUGGGCUGCUCCGGCAAGACAAUACCGGCCAUCGGCCUGGGAACCGUGGCAGACCCAAGGGUUGAUUCAGAGACCACAAAAGCAGCAGUCCUUGAAGCCAUCAAAGCAGGCUACCACCACUUCGACACCGCCUUUGCCUACGGCUCCGAGCAGCCUCUUGGGGAAGCCAUAGCCGAAGCUCUGAGUCUCGGCCUCGUCAAAUCACGUGAUGAGUUCUUCAUCACCACCAAGCUAUGGUGCACCUUCGCUGAGCGUGACCAAAUCGUUUCUGCCAUUAAAAUGAGCCUCAAGAAUCUUCAGUUGGACUAUAUUGAUAUGUAUCUGAUACAUUUACCGCUCCGGUUGACCCAACAAAUGACCAAAACCCCAGUUCCAAAAGAGGCCAUAAAGCCUUUAGAUAUCGAGUCAGUGUGGGAAGCAAUGGAGGAAUGCCAAAAUCUCUGUCUCACCAAGGGCAUUGGUGUCAGUAAUUUCUCCUGCAAGAUGCUUGCACAUCUCCUCUCCUUCGCCAAAAUUCCUCCUGCCGUCAACCAAGUGGAGCUGAACCCAUUUUGGAGACAAAAGAAGUUGAGGGAGUUCUGCAAGGAAAAAGGUAUUCAUAUCACUGCUUACUCUCCUUUGGGUGCUAAUGGGACUAGAUGGGGAGACAACAGAAUUGUAGGGUGUGAUGUGCUGAACGAAAUAGCCAAGGCUAAAGGAAAAACCACAGCCCAGGUCUCUCUGAGAUGGGUGUAUGAGCAAGGGGCAAGUAUGAUACCAAAGAGCUUCAACAAGGAAAGGAUGAGGCAAAACCUUGAUAUAUUUGAUUGGUGCUUGACAGAGGAAGAAUCACACAAGAUCAAUCAGCUACCUCAGCGCAAAGGAUCAACCUUGACUUCUAUUUUUGGACCUCACGAUUUUUUGUUGGAGAUAGAGGCAGAGUUGGAGCAAGAUUCAGAGGCUUAAAGUUUCUUCUUUAACUUUCCCUGGUGCUCAAAGAAGGACGAUAAAUAAAAGACACUCAGUACGUUCAUGCUUGUAUGAGAAGAUUUUGAACUUUUGUUUCACUCUUUAUACAAUAUUUAGAGCUAUAGUUUGCCUUCAUAUGUACCACAAAUAAAAUAUUUCUAUCUACACUGAGAUGGACAUGAUGUAUUAAGGCAUGAUUUUCUGCUCC